CAUUCUUACUGAAACGUGGCUAAACCCCACUAUCGCCGACAAUGAAAUCAGUAUAGGUGAUAUGGUACUGGUCAGGAGAGACAGGGAUAAUAAGGAAGGAGGGGGAGUUGCUAUAUACUUUGAUAGGCAACUUAAAUGUGUGCGCGCAACGGACCCACCACUUAUCGAACUCCCAGACUCCAUAUGGUGUCAUUUCACCGUAGGCCACACCAAGCACUUACUGGGUGGCAUCUACCGAUCUCCCACCUGUGGGGCAGAGCACAAUCAGCUACUGCUCAGCACUAUCACAGGAAUACGAGAUUUGGGCUACGACCAAAUCACCAUAGCUGGAGAUUUCAAUGCUCCAUCACUGAACCUUGGCUCCGGGUGUGCUAAGGGAAAAUUUGGCCGAAACCUACUGCAAACUAUUCGAAACACGGGACUGACUGAGAAUGUUGGAGACGACACUAGGUGGGGCCCUAGUGGAAAGUCAUCAAAACUAGAUUAUAUUCUAACUAGUGACCAGCUACUCGUCGAAAAGGUCCAGAUCAUGACUCCUCUGGGAAGCAGUGACCAUGCAGUCAUAGGUUUCGAUCUUGUCCUCCGUGAGCGUUUGCAAUGGGAUGUUACGCGACCAUGUCUGUGCUACAGCAAGGCUGACUAUGCUGAAAUGCGGAGGCUCUUGUCCGACGCAGACUGGCCCUUAGCAUGGGACGACCUAUCUGUGGAUGAACACUGGGAAGUGGUAAAAAAGAUUAUCCAUGCAGCAAUCUCGGAUACCGUCCCUUUAGUCACAACACAGCCUAAGAGAAAGACGUCAUGGUUGAAGAGAGGCACGCAACGUAUUCUGCAAGCAAAGCGGAGGGCUUGGUUUACGUGGCGUGUAUCUAAGAGUCAGACCGACCAUGAUGCAUACCUCGAACUCAGGAACCGGUGUAAUGCAAGAGUUAGGAGGGACAGAAGGUCAUUCCAGGCUAACCUUGCUAAAAAACUCCUAUCAAACCCUAAAAACUUGUACCGAUUCAUGUCGGAAAGAAAACCGACAAACCAAGGGGCAUGCGCCUUAGUAGGCCCAAACGGUCAAUAUCUCACUAGUCUGGAGAUGGCUGAAACAUUCAGUUCAGCCUUCGCUAAACAGCUAAACAGCAAUGUGGAUAUUACAGUUACGGACCAAAAUGGUGGCACCACUAUUUCAGAGGAGGAAGACCUAGCGACUACUCCCCAAAUAAACCCCGCAAUAGUACUAAGGAAGCUACAGCGACUCAUACCUGGGAAGUCCCCAGGUUGUGAUGACAUCAGGCCAUCUGUUCUGAAACAGUGCGCCGAGGCUCUCUGUAGACCCCUGUGCGACUUGUUCCAACACUCAAUGGAUUCGGGGACCCUGCCAAGGGAGUGGAAAAGAGCCAUCCUUUCUCCAAUCUUCAAGGGUGGGGACAGGCAAAACGCUGCUAGCUAUAGACCAGUAGCUCUACUCCCAGUGGUAUCAAAAGUACUGGAAAGUAUUAUUGACGACCACAUCAGGGAAUAUUUCGAUAGGACUAAUAUACUGCAUGAAGCCCAACAUGGUUUCAGAAAAGGCAGAUCCUGCGUCACUAACCUACUGUCAGCUUGGGACGACUGGACAUCAUGCUGGGACUUGAACGUACCAGUCCAUGUGGUCUUCCUAGACUUUGAGAAGGCAUUUGACACUGUUCACCAUGACCUUCUCCUACAUAAAAUAAGACAGGCAGGCAUAGGUGAGCCACUUCUGUCAUGGUUGAAGGACUACCUAGCCGACAGGCAAUUUUGCACUAAGGUUAACCGAGUCCGAUCAUCUUGGCACAGAUCGUCAUCAGGAGUGUCGCAGGGUUCUAUCCUAGGACCACUGAUGUUUUUGAUUUUCAUCAAUGAUCUACCACGCCGUCUGAGCUGCCCGACUCUCCUGUACGCUGACGACGUAAAAAUAUGGAGGGCGAUAAAGUGUCCGGAGGACUCAGAUAGGCUACAGGAAGACCUAAACCUUCUGGAAGACUGGGCGGUGGCCAGUGGCAUGACUUUCAACUUGAAAAAGUGCAAAGUAGUGAAGUUGCGCACCUGUAGACUGCAGAAUGCAAGUUACACCCUGUGCAAUGAAAGCUUGUCCUGCACAACGUCGGAACGCGACUUAGGUCUAGUUCUAACGGAAAAAAUGGACACAAGCGUAAAUUACACAGGGGAUGUAGCGAGGGCAUAUGCGGUCAUACACUUUACGCAUAGACAGUUAGGUGCACUCACUCCUGAGCUCUUUCUAAUGUUGUACAAAACAUACGUCAGGCCACACCUUGAGGUGCAUAAUAUUAUUGCACCCCCAAUGCUGAGAAGAGAUGCCAACCUCUUGGAAAGAGUCCAACGACGGGCAACAAAAGGAGUGGUUGGUCUCCGAAACAAACCAUAUGAUGAAAGGCUGAAGAAAUUAGGCCUGUUCACACUUAGUUACCGUCGGCUUAGGGGGGAUUUGAUUACUGCCUACAAAAUAACAAAUGACCAGAAUCACCCAAACAAAGGUGUUCUGCCAUUGAGUAGGUAUAGGCUUCCACGUGGAAAUCCCAGAAGGAUAGCUCACCAGAGGGCAAGGACCCGGGUGCGCUCCCACUUCUUUUCACUGCGGGUUUGUCGUCCCUGGAAUUCCUUACCGGCAGAUGUAGCUAUGGCACCGUCUUUGGACGCCUUUAAGCGAAGGCUGGACAACCAUGCAGCGAUACAAGGACUGCAUCCAAAUGGCCUAUCUCCUUAAAAUCGCAUUUACCAAUCAGGGUAGAUAAUUAAACUCGUCAUUUUACUUCUUUACAUUCUCUCCCGUCUUACUCUCCUGACAACUUAUUAAUAUUAUAAUUACUAUUAUUAUUAUUACUAUUACCGAUAUAUAUAUUAUUCUUCAAACUUCAUGAGCUGACUGUUGUUACGUUUCCUAUUUUCGUUUCUGUCUCUUAGUCUGAAUAGCUUCACUAAUUAUAUCUAUUAUUAUUAU